ACUUCAGUUAUUUCUAAUUUUUCAGUUCAAAUUAAAAAAAUAAAGAUAUAUAAAAAGUAUAGCAGUCAGAUAAAUUGCAUUUGUAAAGAUGAAUCGUAGUUCCUUCAGAUUGGAAACAAGAAGUCGUGCCAAAGAUGAAAUUAAAAGAGUGAUGAUGACAAUUGAGAAAGUUAGAAAGUGGGAGAAGAAGUGGGUUCAUGUAGGUCCAGUUACUUCAACAAUGAAAGUUUUUAAAUGGGUCCCAGUUGAAGAAAGGGAAGGAGAUAAAAAGAAAGAUAAAGGUGUGAAAGAGAAAAUCGAAGUUCAGCCUGCUAAAGAGAGUGCUGCAGAAUUCUCUCUUUUAAACGAAGACUCAAACGCUAGUUUUCCGUCGCCUGCUCCUCCAUCAGAAGACUCACAAGAUAAUGACUCGUACCAAGGCUUUCCCGAGAAAAAAGAGAAAAGAAAACGAACAGCUAGUGGCAAUUUAAUUAAUCCCGCUCUGGAUGCUGCCCUUGGUCUCGAUGAUUCAACUUCAAAGUUUGAUGGUGAAGAUAGUAAUUCAGUUUUUACCAAUGGCGACUCAAACUUCUCGCGAAAUUACAUCUGCGAUGAUAGCAAUAGCAAUCUACCUGAAGGUGCGUUCACGUCAUCAUCACAAGAUGGUACCACAGCUUCGGUGGGAUUUACUCAGGAACUUAUAAAAGCUGCUUCUGGCGUAGCGAACAACACGAUCAGUAGCGUGUCAAAUGAAGAUUCGAACUCCAACCUUUCACCUUCGCAAGACUCAAACAACUCGAGUGAAGUAAGCAAGAGUUUGUCGACCGGGUUUCCACCUGAAAAAAAAGCGAAAACAAGCUAGUGUGUAGCCAUAUUAGUUUUUGUUAGGGUAGUUUUUUUUAAAAACCAAAGCCAACUCUUGGAUCUCCUGCUUUUUGUUUUGUUAUCAUACGUGUAUCAGGUGAAUUUUUAAUCUUCCGGUCUAGAAAAUACACUGGGAUGUGCUAAGCAAGGAUCAUAUUUCUGUAUGAUGGCGUUUUUCCACUAUCAAGUGUUUCUCGAUGUUAAGUUAUAUUAACUGUGAAAUGAUAAAGUAGGUUAUUUUUGUAAAUAGAUUAUUUAUGCAAACAAAGGUGCAAACAAACUUUUUAUUGUAA